AUUUCUUGAAUUUUGAUGGGAACCUCAACUUCUCGAAUAGAAGAUGGUAGGGCUUUACAGAUCUCUCGUGAGAGAAAGAGGUUAGUUAAACAAGCGAUUAUCAAAAGACAUGCCUUAGCAAAGUCACAUAUUGCCUAUAUUGGAUCAUUGAGAAAUUUAGGGAAUGCGUUGGGAAGGUUGAUUGAACCUGAAGCUGCAGUUGAAUCUUCACCAUGUGGAUCAACUUCUACAAUAAUAGUGAAGCCACUUGAAUUAGCCACCAAAGAUUAUGCUCAGGAUAUGAAAAAUAGAACUAUAAAACCUCAAACACCCCCAUCUGAAACUCUUCCUUGGGACUUUUUUGAUCUUUUGAAUCCAAAACAUGACAAUUUCCCAUCUGGAGGAGUAACAGGUAAAGGACUAGAGAAAGUUGAUGCAUUAAGACAGUUCGUGAAAGAGAAGGCAAACCAUAAUUUGGGGGUACAAGAAGAGAGUUUCUUACCUGCAUCAAGAAGGAAGUUUCUAAACAUUGACAUGAAAAAAUCUCCUGAGUUGUCUCCAUUGAGAGCAUUACCUUCUAGAUUUGUAGUUUCUUCUUAUGCUGAAGAGAUAACAACAAAUGAGGAAGAUCAAAAGUUGAGAUUUCUAAAUGUUAAAGAAAUGGAAUAUCUAACUUCUAAGGUUACAGAUUCAGGGCAGGAUGUUUACCAUUUGAUUGAGGCAAAUAAGUUCCCUUUUCAUCCACCUUUAACACCUAGAGGUAGGUACAUGCCUUCAAGCUUACUGAAAUCAUGUUUCUCCUUUAAAGACCCUGGCAAUGCUAAAGAAGAGACAAAUGGCUUCCUUAAUGAUUAUGUACUCUUAGAAGGUAAUACAUCCACUUUGGAUAGGCUAUAUGCUUGGGAGAAUAAGCUUUAUAAUGAAGUCAAGGUAAAGACUACAUCAAUUAAUUCAUGGCUACUAAUGGGAAAGGUAUUUGAUCUUACCAUAUGAUUGUGUUGAUUUCAGGCUAGUUUAGUUGGUGGAAAGAAAUAUGAUAUGAAAUGCAAGUUUCUUAUAGAUUUAGAAUCUAAAGACACAAACAGACACAAGAUUGAUAGAACACGAGCAAAUGUUAAGGAUCUACAUUCACAAGUUAUAGUUGCUGUUCACAGAAUUGACACAAUUUCGAAGAAAAUCGAGGAACUAAGAGACAAUGAGCUAAAUCCAGGACUUGUGGAGCUGAUUAACGGGUAUGAAU